UACUUCUAGCAACAGCAAACCUUUUAGAGACCUUGACGUCCUCUCCUCCGUUUGCAAGUAGUGAACCUCGGAAAACCGAAGAACUCUCAAAAUGAGGUUCUUUGAAAUCCUCCGUUGCUCCAGAAUAUCAAAGUCAAGUAUAAAUAUGUCAGAAUUCAUAAAAAGUUUUCCAGCAGAUGUGGCACCAAAAGCCAAAGAGCUAGCCAUGUUUAACCAAGGGUUGUCUGGAUCGUUAACAACGAAGCCAGAAACCAAGCCUGCUGUGGACUUUGAGUACUACAGGAGUAAAAUACCAGACAAAGCCUUCGUUGACAAACUAGAAAAAUUUUAUACCUCUACAACGGUGCCGUAUCCAACUGACCCCGAAAACAAGAAGGGAGCAUUGGAACAGGAAAAGCAGAAAAUUACCAAGAGUGGUGAAGAUUUAGUCCAGGAAAUGGACCUCAUCAUUUACGAAAAUGAAUUGAAGUUAAAGGCAAUAAACAGCCUACCCCCAAUGGAACAUAUGUCAAAGGAAAUGUUAUGUUACUAUUUCCCUGAGGCCACAAGAAAUGAUGAGCGGUACCCAAUGUCUGAGGGGCGGUACUACGGAAUCAAGUGGUUCCCGGGAUACUCCCAUGGUUUUGACAGGUACCCCAAGUGGCAGCUAGGAAACCGCUUCAACAAUGAGUGGGAAUACUUCCCUCCCAAGGAAAUCAGCCAGAAAUGGGAGAAUUUGAAUCUGCAGUUCGAGAGAACAGAACAGUUUCUUAUGGACGACUCAGCUCCUGCUGCUAAAUAAUGUGGAAGCUUUGUAAGCUCCAAUAGUUUGAUUCAUUUUUUGCAUUAUCUGAUCUGAUAAUAGUUCGACCAGAAUACAGAUAAAACUGACUAGUGUGUAAUACUGUUUUCCACCACACUAAACCAUUAUUCUUGGUAAUAAAAUUUGUGUAAAUCUU